AUGUCCCACGUCCCACCAACCGAGUCCAAUCUCAAUCCAGAAGAACCACAACAGUCUCCUCAGCAACCUCAGUUCCAGCAAUUCCAAUCUCAAUCCAAAUUACUACCAAUUCCAAUACAAAUCGAAGAAGGUCUGAACCGCUUACGCAAAGAGUAUGCUACAGCUCCAACCCUUGGUUGUUCCAGCAAUUUCCACCUCAAUCCAAAUCGAAGAGAGACCAAGAGUUCGAAGAAGGUCUGA